AAACUCUGGAGAAAGUUCAUUAAUUGACGUCCUUUUGAUAGUAAUUCUACGGUUAGGUGGAUGGUUAUGGAUAUAGAGAAGGACAAUUCAGAAAUGUAGCUCAAAGUGUGUAAAGUGUAAGACAGGAGUGAUGUCUGUGGUGACGGUUCAGCUUGGACAGUGCGGUAACCAAGUGGGGCUCGAGCUCUUUGAUGUCAUCUCCAACGACGCACGCGAGGCACAGAGGAGGACAUACGGUAGUGCGUGCUACGACCGCUUCUUCCAUCAAACUACUAAUGGAGAGCUUGAGGCCAGGGCAGUGCUCAUUGAUAUGGAGCCCAAAGUGAUAAACCACAGUAUGACAAAGGCUGCUAAGUCUGGCAAGUGGAGAUAUGGGGAAAAGUCCCACUUCAGUCAAAAGCAGGGUUCUGGUAACAACUGGGCAAACGGAUUUUGUGUCCAUGGGCCCCGAAAUAAGGAGGUGGUGGAAGAGCUGGUGAGGAGAGAGGUGGAGCGUUGUGAGCGUCUGGCUGGACUCAUGCCCAUCAUGAGUGUGGCAGGAGGCACUGGGUCAGGAGUGGGCACCUAUGUAACACAAUGUCUGAGGGACACUUUCCCCAAGAGCUUCAUUCUCAACCAUCUCAUGUGGCCCUAUAGCACUGGGGAGGUUAUCGUCCAGAACUAUAACUCUGUGCUAACUUUGGCUAAACUCUACCGGCUGUCCGAUGCCAUACUGGUGCAUGAGAACAACACUAUCCACAGAAUCUGUAGCCAGCUGCUUAACAUUAAGCACAUCACAUUCAGUGACGUAAACAGAGUUAUCGCACACCAGCUAGGCAGUGUUCUCCAGCCUGCACUCACACAAGACUCCUACGGGACCUACAGCAGAAAUCCUUUAGGUGAAUUGGUGACGUCCCUGGUCUGCCACCCUGAGUACAAGCUGCUCGGUGUGUACACUAUACCUCAAAUGCCCAGUUCAUCUAUAGCUUACAGCACAUUCACCUGGCCGGGACUACUGAAGCACCUCCGCCAAAUGCUUGUCUCAAAUACUAAGAUGGAGGAAGGCAUAGAUUGGCAGGUGCGCCCUCCAUCAAACUUUGAACGAACCAGGGGCCUUCCCACUCAUAACUUCAAUAGAUCUUUGGCCAAUCUCCUCAUACUCAGAGGCAAAGAUGUCUACAGUGCCGAGACAGGUAAUUUUGAAGAACCAGCUCUCUAUACUUCCUGGUUGCCAUCAAAUGAAGCUUUUAACGCAUGGAAGUCAACUGUGCCUUUUGAUAAAUAUGAAAAGUCAGCCACAUUGGUUAAUAAUAGCCAAUCUUUGCUCCUACCUCUGGAUAACAUAGUAGAAAAAGCUUGGAAUAUGUUCGCCUCCAGGGCCUAUGUUCAUCAGUACACCAAAUAUGGGAUCACAGAGGAAGAUUUUUUAGAGAGCUUCACAUCACUGGAGCAGGUCAUCUCAAGCUAUCGUCAUCUUUGUUAGCAACAGCACUGAACAUUUGUUGUAAAAUAUGUAAAUAUGACUACAAAACUGUAAUUGUUGAAAUAAUACUCACAUUCAGAGGUUUUAUAGUUUUAUUAUGACUUAAGACACAACAGUACAUUUUUUUAAUAAAAUCAUUC